GUUCCACCCGACCACUCGCUCCAGCUCCAGCUUGAGCCAUGGCGUCGACGGCCACCAUCUCCUGCUUGCUCUUCCUCCUCGCGCUGCUCCUCCCCCACGCAGCGGUCGGAGUGCCGCGCAGACACCGUUUCCCGCCGCUCCAGCUCGCACCAGUCAACGCCUCGGAACCACCCACCACCUUCUUCGAGGUUGACCGCCCGAUCCGGCCGCCGGGCGGCAGCGUCGGGCCCUGCUCCACGCCGCUCCUCUCCGACUCCUUCGGCUACACCUACGGCCAGCCUCCCUCCACCGCCGCCUACGCUCCGCCCAACUGCCUCGCCGCCGCGCGCGCCGGGGGCGGGUCCGUCGCGCUCGCGGUGCUCGAGUGGAGCGCCGACUGCCGCGGCCUCCAGUUCGACCGCAUCUUCGGCGUCUGGCUCUCCGGCGCCGAGCUCCUCCGCGGCUGCACCGCCGAGCCGCGCCCCAACGGCAUCCACUGGUCGGUCUCCCGCGAUGUCACCAGGUACGCUGCCCUUCUCUCCGCGCCCGGCGAGAUCGCGGUGUACCUGGGCAACAUCGUCGACCAGACAUACACCGGCGUCUACCACGUCAACCUCACGCUCCACCUCUACUUCCACCCCGCGCCACCACCCCCGCGGCAGCAUGCCGAUCUGAUCCUGCCCAUCUCGAGAAGCCUACCACUGUACGACGGGCAGUGGUUCUGCAUCCAGAGCUCCACCGAUGUGCAGUCAAAGAAGCUCGCCGUUCCGUCGAACACCUACAGGGCGGUCCUUGAGGUGUUCGUUUCGUUCCACGGGAGCGACGAGUUCUGGUACACGAAUCCUCCCAACGAGUACAUUGAAGCUAAUAACCUGUCCGACUUCCCUGGCAAUGGCGCCUUCCGGGAGAUCAUUGUUAAGGUCGACGAAGACAUCGUCGGUGCUGUCUGGCCGUUCACUGUCAUCUACACCGGCGGCGUCAACCCGCUUCUGUGGCGGCCUAUCACCGGUGUUGGCUCGUUCAAUCUCCCAACGUAUGACAUUGACAUCACGCCGUUCCUAGGGAAGCUCCUGGAUGGCAAGAAGCAUGAUUUCAGUUUUGGUGUGACAAAUGCACUGAAUGUAUGGUACAUUGAUGCCAAUUUGCACCUCUGGUUAGAUCACAAGAGCAAGAAGACAACUGGGGGACUGAUAAGCUACAAUGCGGCGAUGUCAGGACCCAUUGUGGAAUCGGAGUUCAGAGAGCUGGAUGGGCAGUUUGUGACGACUGCAAGCCGGCAUGUCUCAGCCACCGGGUGGGUGGAAUCGUCACAUGGGAAGGUCAUGACAACAUUCUACCAGAGAUUCAGCUACAAAAACAGCAAUGUGUAUAGCAAGAAUGGUGUUGUCCAAGUGGUGAACCAAACGAUCGAUGCAACGUCUGGUGUUUCCGCCACAAACGGCACUACGGUGCUGCUCUCGGAAGAAGUUCACCAGGUCUUCCCACUAUAUCUCUUCUCUGGAACCUCAGACGAAGUGGGAGAUGAGUACUCCAUGGUUUCAGUUGUCAAGCUGGGCAUCAAUGAGAAGAGGACCAACAGCUCUCUGCAGAACGUGCAGUCGGCACGCGGUAGCAUGAGGGUGAAGAAGAAUUUGGUGAUUUCUGGAUCGGGGCAGAACCAUCAGGUGUACAAGUACAUUGGUGCCGAUGGAUGCUACUUCAGAGAUGUGAGCAGCAAGGACUACACUAUUAUUUUCGACCACACUGAUGAUUCAUGCUUGAAGAGAUCUCGAGAUGUAGGCUCCACAUUUCCUUUCAGGUUGCCUAGACGAUCUAUUGAUCGAACUGCACAUGUAGAUAUCUGAAUCGUUCGGGAAGUCUGUAAUAAGGAUUGCAUAUGCUUUAUCUUAUGUCUCCACGUUGUAGGUAUAAAUCUUGCAAAUUCAAUUAAACACUGCUUCCGAUUACGGGUAACAUAAACUGUAUCAUUGUCACUGUUAAUUUGGUUUGGAAAUUAUUCAGCUUUCCACGAA